AUGAAGAUGCCUAAUACUACAAAUGACUAUGUUGCGAACACUAUAGAGCAGUUUAAGAUAAAGUGCUUGCAUCCAAAUAUAUAUAUCCAUAUCAAAAACCGAUUUGUAAAACGUCAAGUACGCAGUUUAAUUCGACAUAUAGUGUCACCCCGCAACAAAUUGCUGCUGUUUACUUUGAUGCUGUUCACGUCACUUCUUCUAUGCUCUAUCUUUUAUAUGGAUACAUUGUGCCAUAUCGACUCACCGUUUAUAAAAGACGAUGGCCAAGUGUUUGCCUUGCCAUUGUACCAAACUACUAAAAAUUGCAAUGGUAAAUCACGCUCCAUGGCCAUUCAACGACAAGUACCUCAUGUCCCUAUUCCACGCAUCAUUCACCAAUCCUGGGAAAAAGAAACAGUACCACUUAAACUCCAAGCUUGGCAAAACAGCUGGAUUGACCAUCACAAACACUGGGAUUAUAUGCUAUGGACCAAUGAAGAUAACUUGAAGCUGUGCGAAGAUCACUUUCCCUGGAUGUUGGAUACGUUCAAUGCUCUUCCAACCAACAUCAGUCGUGCCAAUAUUGCUCGAUACAUGUAUAUGCAUUUGCAUGGAGGAAUUUAUGCUGAUAUGGACACAGAAUGCUUCAAGUCAUUUGAGCCAAUGAUUGAAACAGGAGGUGUAUUAGUCUUUCUUACGUCACGUCACUAUGCCUAUAGUGGCAACAUACCUAAUGUGUGGAUGGCAUCAACACCUGAACAUCCAUUUUGGACAUAUUUUUUGGUAAAGAUCAGAGAUACGCUAGACAAGUCAGCCAUCAAGUCAUCUACAGAUUCAAUUGCCAUGCUCAAUGCUCUGCAUGAAUUUGAACUAAAAUUGUUGAGCGAUGCAAUGCCAACGAUUACAUAUAUUCCGCCUGGUGAAUUGAUCAUGCCAUCUAAUUGGAAUAUUACAAAUGGAAGCUAUGACUCUUGCUUUUCUGAGGAACUCGCAUCCGAGUCUGUUUUAUGCCAAGAUGUCGAUCCAGAACAUAAUGCAUUUGCAGUGAUACAUCAGUCACAUUCGUGGGAGGAUGAAAAGAAGGCUAUUUCCGAGCCACUCCUGUAG